UGUGUAAGAGCGGAAAGAGGGAGCACAGGAACAUUAUGCGAGAGGGCGGGGGAGCAGAGCGCGCGACUGUCAAGAGGAGAGCGGAGGAAAUCUAACAAGUGAGAAAACUGUUGCAGUUUGGUAAAGACGUUUAUCAGUGGAUUAAAAUAUGAAAAUCUACAAUAAUUCUCUUUAGAAUAUCUUGGAGCAUAGAAAGGAAGUGAAAAGUUAAUUAGGUAAGUGGUGGCCUAAGUCACUAUUUUGUUCCGUCUGUCUGCCUUGGGUGUUGAUGACCAACGAGUGACCUGUUACUCACUGACUGGAAAAAUAAUCAUAGUCGGCAUAACGACGAAUCGUUGUAUUAAGAGAAAAACAAAAGUGAAUUUGCUGUUAGUUUUCGAGUUCAUCUGACUAUUCCAGAGCUUGACAACUCACGGAGACGGUGAGGAUGCGCUGUCUUCACUGUUUUCUCGACCACGUUGAAAGUCUACCUGCGCGAAACUGAAGGGUUCACCUUCCCAUAGCGUAUCUCAGAUCAUCGACACUUCUAUUGUGCAGCGACGAGCAAAAGAAUGCUCCUGGCACAAGAUGUCUGAUUUACAGGCGAGCAGUGGAACCUUAGAUAUUCUCUGCUACGACUCAACUCACCACAAAAAAAAAAGUUUUUAUGAGGAACAGAACAUUUUCUCAGUACUGUUUCAAUAAAUACUGACUUUUGAAAAAAAUCACCUUCCAACAACCAUAUCUGAGAGGGGAAUUUGUUAGUCUACCCAAGAGGAAAACAGACCCAGGAUUAAGCGAUGAAAAGUACAUAGAGAAAGAGAAACACAAGGAAGGAGGAAUAGGAACAAAUACAAGAGAUUUAAGCGCUCUUUCAUUCCUCUCCACUCAUCCUUGGACCAGACAAGUGAGUGCCCUUCACUGAAUGCCGUGGGUGAGAUGGACUCCUUUGGGAAUACUGGAGCAGACCCCACCUGACAGCUCUCCAACUGAGAAAUAUAAGGACAUUCCACCAGGAGAUUCUGCUGCCAUUCUGGCUGAAAAAUAUUUAUAUUUUUAGAGAACCCUCUAGAACAAUCUGCACUCCAUCCCAGGAAAAAACCUUGCAUUUAACCUUCCAAAGAACUCGAUGUGGGACUUAGUCAGUUUCAACCCGUGUCUGUAACACUGAGAUGGUGUCCACACUCAACUGGCUGGUUUCACCUCUAGCCCUCUGAAAGAAAAUAACAUACUACAUAUGAUAUCAGUGAGAUCUUUACUGAAAAGAAGGAUGAAGAAAGUGAAUAAAUAUUGUUUUGCGGAUUAAACAUUUUACUUUAAAAAAUAAAUGUGGAGAAAAAGGUUUUGACAAAUUAGAGGAUAAACCUAGAAAAACAUUUUUUUAAAUGAACGGAAUGAAACCAUGUUUUGUAUUCUCUUCCUGACAUUUGACUUCAACGACUCCUGACUUUGCGACAUUGAGCUUUGCUGUUCCUCAGGUGUCCUAUAUCAUCUCAUUCCUGUCUUUACGUUGAAAUCUCCUAUAUUUAUAGUCUUUCCUCACAACCCUCCUACCUUUUCACUCUCCCUCAUUUACAUCUUAUUUCCCAUAGGUAAAAUUAACUACUUCACCCCCUACUCCCAGUGUAGAACCUCUCUGUCCCAUCGCCUUUCCCCCCUUAGCCCCUCUCUCACCAUCUCUCCCCCUAGUCCUGGUUUUCCCAGAGUUCAUUCUGGCCGGCACCACCAUUCCGGCCAAGGGGGAGGAGGACUUCCUCACUCUGGCCGCCUCCCGGCUCAGCCGCAGGAAACGUGUCAUCGGGGCAGGAGUGGGCGUGGCUAUGGUGCUGGUGCUGCUGGUUGCCAUCCCCUUAUUGGUUCACACCACCAAAGGGGGGGCGUCUGGAGGCGGGAGCACCCAUUAUGAGAUGCUCGGCAGCUGCAAGAUGGUGUGCGACUCUUUCACCCCCCCACAGGGCAGCCACGAGCUGACCGCUGUCUCCCCCCAACCCCCAGACUUCACAGGGAGAAGGGGCAAGUCUGGGUUUCGUGGGAGCCCUGGCCCCCCAGGCCCCAGAGGUCCCACAGGAGAACCAGGCAAGCCAGGCCCCCCUGGUCCCCCCGGCCCUGGCCCAGGGGGCUACAUCCCCUCCUUCUACAGCCCCAAGAUCGCCUUCUACGCUGGCCUCCGCAAACAGCAUGAAGGGAGUGAGGUGUUGAGGUUUGACGACGUAGUGACCAAUGUGGGGAACUACUAUGAACCCAGUACUGGCAAGUUCACCUGCCCCCUACCUGGCAUCUACUUCUUCACCUACCAUGUCCUGAUGAGGGGCGGAGAUGGGACCAGCAUGUGGGCCGACUUAAAAAAGAAUGGACAGGUGAGGGCCAGUGCCAUUGCCCAGGAUGCUGAUCUGAACUAUGACUAUGCCUCCAACAGUGUCAUCCUGCACCUGGAUGUGGGGGACGAGGUGUGUGUGCAGCUCGACGGGGGCAAAGUUCACGGAGGAAACACCAACAAAUACAGCACCUUCUCUGGCUUCCUCAUCUACCCUGACUGAAGGCAGCCACAUGUCACACACACAACUACACACACAUUCUCCCAGGCAAACAAAUACAGCAACUUUUUCAGGAUCCUCAUCCAACCUGAUUCUCUCAACCACUCUCUUCUCUCUCUUUUUUCCCCUCUCUCUCACACCAUUGCUAAAACACACAGUAUUUAGAGAAACAGAUGCAAUGGGAAAAGGAAAUGUAUAAUGUCUCUGUGUUUUUAAUGUCUAGAUAAUGGUCAUACCAUAACAUUCCAAACCAAGUGUAGUUACAAGGCAUAUAAUGUGCAUAUAGACUGUGUUUAUACGCAUUUUUAUUUAAUACACACACCCAUUUGUUUGUCAUGUGUUUUGUCAUUCUCAUGAUAUCAUUGAAUCACAGAUAUGUAAAUGAAACUAACAUGUAAGUAUGGGUUGACAAACAAGAAUUAUGUCAAGACAAAGACUUGUUUAAAGAUCAUCUUGAUAUCGUGUGUAUUCUUAAAGUUACAUAUAUAUUCACUUCUGAUGCGCACACAUCUGUGUGUAUGAUCAUGUAUGUGAAAGUAUACCUACAUGACUCGCAUACAACUCUUUCACACACACACACAGUGAUUCAUUGAACUUCCCCUAUCUAGUGUUGCAUUGACAUGAGCUGACCAUUUCAGCCACCAGUGUGGAAUUUAGUAAAAUGGUCUCAGAUUGCGAGGUUGGUUGCGGGGCUUCUUCGCUCCAAGAUGGAUUUCCAAUACGGCUGAAGACACCAAAUGAGAAAAGUCAUGAAUAUAUUGAUCGGAGCUGAUAAUACACCUAACACCACGAACAUCACCCAGUGUGGUGUGUGUAAGAUAAGUAUCAUGUUGUUAGUUUUACCUACAUGGCCCCUGCCUACAGCUAAGGGGGGUGGGGAGGGGUAAUGGUAGUCCCCUCACACACAGGAUAUCAAUGAUGAGGCUUAUGGUAGACAGAUACAGUAUUGUUCCAGACCUUAUGGUGGAUGACAGAGCAUCAUCGUGUUCCACUAAUGAGCCCAUCCUUUGUUUAAACCCUCAAACCCUAUUCCUAUAUUCACAUUACAUUAAAUUGAUAACAGAGCAAUUUAAACUGGGUGUCGAACCCAGACAUAAUCAGAGAUGGAGCUUUAGAUCAUGGAGAGAUGAUGCUUUAGUUCAUGGAGAGAUGAUGCUUUAGUUCAUGGAGAGAUGAUGCUUUAGGUCAUGGAGAGAGGAUGCUUUAGGUCAUGGAGAGAGGAUGCUUUAGGUCAUGGAGAGAUGAUGCUUUAGGUCAUGGAGAGAGGAUGCUUUAGGUCAUGGAGAGAGGAUGCUUUAGAUCAUGGAGAGAUGAUGCUUUAGGUCAUGGAGAGAGGAUGCUUUAGGUCAUGGAGAGAGGAUGCUUUAGGUCAUGGAGAGAUGAUGCUUUAGGUCAUGGAGAGAGGAUGCUUUAGGUCAUGGAGAGAGGAUGCUUUAGAUCAUGGAGAGAUGAUGCUUUAGAUCAUGGAGAGAUGAUGCUUUAGAUCAUGGAGAGAUGAUGCUUUAGUUCAUGGCCAGUUGGUUAUUUGUAUAAUGAUGAGUCUUCUUUUCUUCUAAGGUAAAGCAGCCUGUUUGUUUACAGUGUGGAUACGGACAUUGAGGAUUCAUCUUGUACUCUGUACAGAACUAGUUUCACAUUUUAAAAUGUACGCUGCUACCGUAGAACUAGAAACGGACUGAGUGUCUUCAAUGGAAAUGUACAUCUUUGUGUGUUAUUGAAUGUACCAUACAUUACUAAUUGUGUAAAUGCAAUUCAAAUAUGCAGGUUCAGGUUGAUGCUGUCUGUCAAAUAUGUUAUGCAAACCCUUGACACAGUGGCAAUGAGACUAUAUUGUGUCACUUGUGUUAUCGAUCAAAAAUGGAUUUCAUGGAAAUUUUAGAGUGGGGGCAUUAUUACCUUGUCAGGCCAUUAAAAAAAAUAUAUAUAUAUAUAUAUCUUUACAUCAAUGUGAAUGCCCUGCCUAGACAAUACCAUGAAAAGCAGGUCCUUCUCCUGUAGUUCAUAGCAUCAUAAAUGUACCUAAUGUAAGUAGUUGUACAUGUUACAGGACUUCAGAGGAGGCCUCUAUUGUAACAAGUUGUUGUAUUAGGAAAACCACUGAAUAAAUGCAGCUGCAGCAGGGAUGAUACUGCUACUCCGUGUGUGUGCAUUACUGUUGCAACACAGUAUGACCGGUGUGUGUGUCGCGUCUCAGGUCCAACUACAGGACAGAGCUUUGGGCUUGAUCUAAAGACAGAACACCAGUUAUUAUCAAACUGCAUCAGUCAAAUGAAAACAUUAUUCCUGUACUAUAUCUUAACUGAGAGUAUUACAAUAACCACCUACCAUCUUAUUUAAACCAACAUAAUGUGCUGAUUUGUUUGUCUGUACAUGACUUCUGUGUCAUGCUGCAUUCUACUGUGUUCCCUGGCACUAAAUAAUGUUAAAUAACUUACUGUUGAAAAGGAAACCUGGUCCUUGUUUAUGAACGGUAUGAAUUGAUUGUUGUCAUUGUACCUUGUGUGUAUAUCUUAUGUAUAAUAUUAUAAAUAACAACUUAAUCUACCCUAAGGUAAUAUAUAAGACCUACAAUAAAACAAUGUGAAGACGC